GUGUAACUCCUGCGGAGCAGAACGAGGCGCAGGAUAAAAUGGAUCGACGUGGUAGCGCUGGUCGGCAGAACGGAAACACAUCACCACCACCGCCAGAGAAUUCUCCUCCACAAACCUCCCACGAUCCGAUUGCCACGUCAACAAACUCUUCCCUCCCACCGACAAAGCUCCAUUUCCAUUCCCAACGCCCCAUAACUAGCGACCAACUCCUCCACAACUCUCCCCCAACCCCAGCCAAACCCCCGCUCAACAGCCCAACCAUACCACCCACCAUCCCAUCAGCAGAAGCAAAGCCCAUCCCGCCCCCCACUGCGCUCGGACGCAAGCGCAAGCUCCGGAUGCUAGAGUACGAGCUGGAAGAAGAGGAAGCAGUUACACGGGCGGAAGAAGCUAGAGCGAGGGCCGCGCGGGUCAAGCGAAGGAUUGUGGAAUUAGAUGGGAGUUGGGAGUGAGGAGGGAGGAAUAGUGAGGAAGAGGGCGG